AGAGCUGCUCUGUUUCCCCCUCCACGCGCAAGCACGCACCUCACACGCGCGCGCGCCGAGCAAUACAGUUCCUGCACUUGGACUUGAGGCGCCGUUUCUGACUUUUCACAGCUUUAGUGUUUUAAAUUAAAAAAAAAAAAAGUGAUGAAAACUACGAGGAAAUCCAUUUAUUCUGCUGUAUGCUGGAGGCUGUAUUGAGCACUAUACAUCGGGGUCACACACACACACGCGCGCACGAACGCACGGGGAACCAGUGUUGAACUCACGCUGGUGCCUCUCAUCUGGCUUUGUUGAAACAUACAACUUGGUACAGCAGAUAUCCUCAUCUCAUAACUCCAGCAGCCAGGGUUUAGUCCUGCACUCAGGACUUUCAGAUGUGUUUACUUCGCUCCAGAUAUCUUCACAUCCCCAAUUUGAGCAGCAAUGGAGCCAAGAGACCAGGACAGUGGAAGUGGCCUUCUCUCACUCCAUCAGAUCCAAACUGUCCAUUCCUGCAACGAGUACACAGAGGGUCCUACGACCUGGCCCCGCCUACAGAUAUCUGACUCUGCCCCUGAUGAAGGUGCUCUGCCAGGACCGGAUGAUCACACUCAGGAUUCUUCACAUUCACCUGAAAGUGCUCGGAGGUCCACUGACACUGAACCAUCUUUAGAGCAAGGGACUGGGGAACACAAAGGUGAAACUGUAGUGAAGAAACAGCCAGAAAAAACUGAACGGGAUGUGCAGAAAGGACUCUUUGUAAUAUCCACUCAGGAGCUAAGCUUUCUGGGAAAUUUGGACAAAAAAAUGACAGCAGUAGAGGAACAACAGUGGAGCAUUGAAUUGAAACAGGAAGUGUUGGAACUGAGUGGAAGAUUUAUCUCAGAGCAGAGGAAUCUGGGAAGUGUAGGUGAACCAGAUGUUGCAAUACAGGAGCAGCCCAAGAGCUGCAACUUGAAACAGGAAGAAAUUAAGCUGCUGGGAAGUGCUUCCACAGAUCAAAAGCCUUUAAAAUUGGAACCAAAACAGGAAACAACAACGCAACGAAACAGGAAGCACCCAAACCUGUGUGAUCGCUGCAGCCGUUGCAAGUGCAGGGAUUGCACUGCUGCCGUGCCCCUUCCAGCCUGCUGGCUGUGUGGGCGUCGCUGCCUGUGCUCAGCUGAGGCGCUGGUGGAGUAUUCCACAUGUGUGUGCUGCCUCAAAGCACUGCUCUACCACUGCUCCAGCGAUGACGAGGACUCCAGUGCUGAUGCCCCAUUUUCCUGCCAUGAGUCCCGGAGGUGUACGCGUUGGAGUACGGCGGCGGCCAUGGCAUUCGUUCUGCCCUGCCUGCUGUGUUAUGGCCCUGCCCGUGGCUGCCUGGCACUCUGCCAAGCCUGCCACAACCACACCCACCGGACCGGCUGCAGAUGUAAGAGUCAACAUGUGACUUACGACUUAUGAUUUGUUUUUAUUUUGUUGUUUAGGCACUGAUGGAGGAGACGUUUGUUAUAUGUUUGUGGUUUUGUAUUCUUUUUUAAUAAUAGGAUGUGGUAAGCCAUGACUCAGUUUUUAAUUCGGACUCAUGUUUUUUAUUUCCGACUUAUUAUUUUUCAGUUUUCACUCAUUAUUUUUAAUUUUGACCAAUUACUUUCCAGUUUUGGCUCUUUUUUAUUGUUUUUAGUUUUGACUCAUCCAUUUUAGUUUUGACUCAGUUUGACUCAUGUUUCUUUUUGAUUUGGAUGUUUUGAGAAAUUGUGGAUGUGGGACAGGCCACUGACAGUGCUGUAACCUUCACUUUUUCUAGGUUGAAUUUUUGGAACUUUCAGUUUUUAUUUUUGGUUUGUGAUUGUUGACAUUGUACUUUCAGAACUGUAGACCAAGAAAUGUGACAGAGUGGAAAGUGGUCUGGUUGUACAUUUUUUUGUUUGCAUUGUGUUGUGACUUGGACAGACAGAGACUUAUUUGUUUCUUUGAUGUAUUUUGUUGUUCAUUUAUUUGUUGACACAAUGUAGUUUUGACACUGUAGAUGAAAGAAAGCAAAGCAAGGAAACACGGUGAUUCCCUUUGACUCAUGAAUCUGAUUAUUUUUAACUCAGGAAUGUGAAUAUUUUUGAGUUAUGAAAUUGAUUUAAUUUACCUCAUGAAUCUGAUUACUUUUUGACUCAUGAAUUUGAUUCUUUUUAAAGGUUUGCAUUGUGCAUUUUCACUUAGUUUUUUUCUCUUUUUAAAAUCAAAUCAUGUUGAUAUAACCAGCAAUAACACUUUUUUUUACACUUUUUAUAAAUUACAUGUAUUUGUAAAUUAGUAAUUUGAUGAGUUAAUCAGAGAUUGUUUUAUUUUUAUACAUUUGAGCUAUGAAAAAGCAUCAUGUCAUACCUAGACAACUCGACAGAUCUUUAUAUAUAAAACAUUUAUGGUGCAUUUAUUAAUAUUGUCUGUACAUAUUAUUAUCAUUAUUAUUAUUUAUUUUGCUUUACAUACUUUGAAUUAUCCAUGGAGCAAUACCUGUAAAAUU